GCAGCACAUCUCCCCCUCUCUCGUGUUUUGCUACCAAGGGGCUAAGCAAAAGGUGAAAGAAACAAUUUAGUGUGGAGGCGUGUGUGUAACAUUGAAUUGUUAGUGCUACGUUGUUGUAGUGGAGUGAGGCUCUAUUCAUAGCCUUACUCACAAAAUCAACGUUUUAAAAAAGUUAUCUUAAUUGGCCUACCUCCUUGAAGAGAUGAGCGACGACGAAAAGGAUUUCAUCAAGCGGGAGUCCCCCUCCCGCUCCCGGAGCGUCAGCCCCAGGGGGUCGGUCAAAUCUGAGCGCAGCCGCUCCCCGGCCCAUUCUGUCAAGUCCAAGGAUGGCUCUCGCAACUCCCGCUCUAGGUCUCGCUCCCGCUCCAGGUCUAAGUCCAGGUCACGUUCCCACCGGAGCUCUAGGCGGCGCUACUCGCGUUCCCGCUCACGCUCCUACCGCCGCCGCUCGCGAUCGCGCUCCUACAGUGGUGAGCGACGCCGACGCAGCAGCCACAGCCACUCGCCCAUGUCCAACCGCCGGCGCCACGCAGGAAACAGAGAUGAAGGGGACAAGAGGGCCAAUCCCGACCCCAGCUGCUGUUUGGGCGUGUUUGGGCUGAGCCUGUACACUACUGAGAGGGACCUGCGGGAGGUGUUCUCCAAGUACGGCCCUCUGGCCGACGUCAACAUCGUCUACGACCAGCAGUCGCGACGCUCAAGAGGCUUCGCUUUCGUCUACUUUGAAAACCGCGAGGACGCCAAAGAGGCAAAGGAGCAUGCUAAUAGCAUGGAGUUGGAUGGGCGGCGAAUCAGGGUGGACUACUCCAUCACAAAGAGGGCGCACACCCCCACCCCGGGCAUCUACAUGGGACGACCCACCUAUGGCGGUGGAGGUAGUGAAAGAGGAGAAAGAGGCCCCAGCAGUUCUCGUCGUCGUGACUACAACGAUCGAGGCUACGAUCGAGGCUACGAUCGGGGCUACGACCGUGGCUAUGACCGGGGAUACGACCGCUAUGACGACCGAGAAUACAAGUCCUACAGCAGGCGAAGAUCUCCAUCUCCAUACUACGGUCGCGGAAACUACAGGUCAAGGUCGCGCUCCUACUCACCACGCCACUAUUGAGGACACCUGAUGAGGGCGUUCAUGUGAUAUUACCGAUGAAGAACUUCAGUGGGGGACGGGAGAGGGGAUGGGGAUGUGGAUGUGGAUGCCCGGAAACAGGGGACCAACUCAGCCGAACAUCAGACAUUGGCCGAAAAACUAUCUGCCGGACAAAUGUGGUAACCUGAUCUGGGUAGCGUUUCUCGACAGUGCUGUUGCUAACCAGUUUGCAACUCAAUUGCAUUGCAGCCAAGUGAGUUGCUAACUUAGUUAGCAACGACACUGUCGAGAAACGCACCCUUGUACGACAUUAGAGUGAUGUUUCCUUAUGUUGUCCGCUCUCUCUGUGCGUUGUGGACACAGUCAGUAUAUCAUUCUUAUUGAUGUUCCUUUGGAUGUGCUCACCUCCCCACCCCCCUCUCCUGUUUUAAGUGAUGAGUUUUAUUUGCUUCAGUUUUAUUCUUUUUUUUUCUGUACUUGUACCUGAAUGGAGACUGCCUGCGGGCCUAUUGGCCUUAUGUAGUGCUGUGUUUUAUAACCUUGUGUGUGGGGAUCGUGAAGCAAUAAAUGGUUUUCCCAAACA